UUCAUUUGCGCCCUGUAUGUAGACUAACUGUACUGAUCUACAAGUUUAUGCAGAAAACAAUCGGACAGACGCUGCAAGAUCGCCAGCUUACCAAAUCGUUCUAGUUCCCUCCGACGCCAUCAUGGCGAAAACGGAGAACUCGAAAACAAAUCUGCCGCAUACGCUUUCUAGUAAUGCUCGUCCUGGGGCUCUCCUUGCCGACGUCGACCCCGAUUCCAGCCCUUCCUCGCUCGAGAAAUUCCGCCUGUACGAGACCCGAGCUAGGUUCUACCUCGUAGGCAGCGAUCGAGCCAAGAGGUUCUUCCGCGUACUGAAGAUCGACCGCUCGGAGCCCUCCGAUCUCAAUCUCAGCGAGGACCCCGUGGUCUACUCGCAGCAGGAGGUGAAUAACCUCCUCCAACGCAUCAGCGAGGGAAAUCGAGCCACAGGAGGGCUUACCUUCGUUGCAAAGGUCUAUGGCAUCGCAGGUUGCAUCAAAUUUCUGGAGUCCUACUAUCUAAUUUUGGUCACGAAGCGCCGGCAGAUAGGGGCAAUAUGCGGGCAUGCAAUCUAUAGCAUCGAAGAGAGUCAACUGAUAACUGUUCCGCAUUCGUCAAUCCAGACGGAUGUUGCCCAUUCCAAGACAGAGCUUAGGUACAAGAAGCUGUUAUCUAGUGUUGACCUCACAAAGGAUUUCUUUUAUAGCUACACUUAUCCAAUCAUGCAAAGUUUGCAGAAGAAUGUGCUUGCUUCUGGUGAUGAGAAAAUGCCUUAUGAAAACAUGUUUGUUUGGAACACAUUCCUUACACAAGCUAUUCGAUCAAGGUGCAACAAUACCCUGUGGACAAUUGCUUUGGUUCAUGGGCAUUUCAAACUGGUGAGAUUAUCAAUUUUUUGGCGGGAAUUCAAUGUUGCUUUAAUUUCUAGACGAUCUCGUCAUUUUGCAGGGACACGUUAUUUGAAAAGAGGAGUAAACGAUAAAGGUAGAGUUGCAAAUGAUGUUGAAACUGAGCAAAUUGUCCUUGACGAGGAAGCUGGUUGUUGUAAGGGAAAAAUGAGUUCAGUUGUACAGAUGAGAGGUUCAAUUCCUCUUUUCUGGUCACAAGAAGCUUCAAGAUUUAGUCCUAAACCAGAUAUUAUUUUACAGAGAUACGAUCCAACAUAUCAGGCAACAAAGCUUCAUUUUGAAGACUUGGCUAGAAGAUAUGGAAAUCCUAUUAUCGUGCUUAAUCUAAUCAAGACAGUUGAGAAAAGGCCUCGAGAAAUGAUGCUGCGUCGUGAGUUUGCAAAUGCUGUUGGAUAUCUUAAUCAGAUUCUCCCUGAAGAAGGUCAUUUGAAGUUUAUUCAUUGGGAUUUCCAUAAAUUUGCCAAAAGCAAAUCUGCAAAUGUUUUGGCGGUUCUAGGUGCUGUAGCAAGUGAAGCACUUGAUUUAACGGGCUUCUACUAUAGUGGAAAACCUGUCACAGUGAAAAGAUCAACUCAGCAUGGUAGAGCAAAUACUGCAAGGGAUGCUUCUCUUGGUGAAUUUAGAGCUAGUGCAGUAGAUCUAGCAAGGUUGUCUAGUAAUUCUGAGGCAUCAAACUCUGUGACUGCUCAUGAGAAAAAGAAUCUGAAGCAGGAAUGGAUGGAUAAUGGUCCUCAUUAUCAAAGUGGAGUCUUGCGAACAAAUUGCAUUGAUUGUUUGGACCGGACAAAUGUUGCGCAGUAUGCUUAUGGCCUAGCAGCUUUAGGACACCAGCUUCAUGCAAUGGGUUUGACAGACGUGCCAAAAGUGGACCCAGACAGCAGCAUUGCUGCAGCCUUAAUGGAUAUGUACCAGAGCAUGGGUGAUGCACUUGCUCACCAAUAUGGUGGUUCUGCUGCUCAUAACACUGUAUUCACUGAAAGGCAAGGCAAGUGGAAGGCAACUACCCAGUCUCGUGAAUUUUUGAAGUCAAUAAAGAGAUACUAUAGCAAUGCAUAUACGGAUGGUGAAAAGCAAGAUGCAAUUAACUUAUUUCUCGGUCACUUCCAGCCAGAAGAAGGGAAGCCAGCCCUUUGGGAGUUGGACUCGGAUUAUUAUCUUCAUGUUUCAGGGACUGAUGAAGGCCCUGACAACAGUGAGCCCAAGGAAAGCACUUGCUUGAAGGGAACUUCCAUAAAGCUUGCACCGAUUCCAGCCUGCAAGGAAGACUUCCAACGGAUGAAAUUGACAUCCUUCGAUAAAUUAAUGGAGAGAACAUGUAGUUUUAUAAAGGAUGUCAGACUGAUAAGUGAAGAUGUAAAAGCAAGUGGUGGAGCAGGAAAUCUUGGGAUGGCACCCGAUGCAGCUGAAAUACAGCUUAAAAGCCCGAACUGGUUGUUUGGCCAAAGGAAGUAUGAAGAAAGUGCUAAUGCACCAAAAGAUGUUGCAAAUGAAAGAACAAAUGCUACUAGUCAGCAAGAAUCUCUUGCGCCUUGUGAUAUCAACUUGAGUUGGCUCUUCUCUCAAGAUGAUGUACUCAAGGAGGACAGUCUUCAAAGAUCUCUGGCAAUGACAUCAGUUGAUGAAGCAGACAGCUGGUAUGGUGGAAACUUAAUUUAUGAUCAAGACGUGAACAGCAAUGCCUACAAACAUUAUGCUGAACUAUGUCAGGGCACCGUCAUGGAUCCUUUCGAACAUGACCCGGAGAAGGAGAAUCAGUAUGCGGAGGCUCUGCGCAUGGGACUGGACAAAGACGAUGCUCUGGUCGAAGCAGAAAUGGCUGCUGCUCUCAGGGAGUAUGACCGGAUUGGUGACGAGCUCGGUAUUCUCCUCUCUUGCAAAGCGCUUGCCGAAGAUCCUAGCUGGUUAACAAGGUUGAUCAUGGGGGAGGAGUGUUGAAGCAUGGAAGCUUACUAGUCUUUCUUGGGAACAAGCUUGCGAAGAAGCAUAGCUGUGGCAUAAAAGACAUAAUAAAGGUUAUUUGAAACGUUUUAUUGUUGUUAGUUUGCUCAUUUCUUAUUCAGAUAUUUAGACUGACUGUACAUAAUUGAAGGAGGUUUGGGCUCAACUCUCAGGGCCUUCUUUUUAGUUUUUAUACAGAAUAAGAAUUAGUUUGCUUUCGAACAUUUAUUUCCCUUUUAUUUA